UUGAUUUGAGGUGUUGUCUAGUAAUAUUCCGUGAACUGUUAUUAAUUGAUGUUUGUGUGUUUUGGUCGUGUUCCUCAGGAGGAAGUAGAUGUUUGGUGUUGAUCACAGUGAGUCUCGGGCUCAUUUGUGUUCUUCUGCUGAUCUUCAUCAUACUGCUGUACUUCACCAUCACAGCAGAGAGAGACCUGAUAAAGACUUACAAGAACACAGUUGAAGAGUUACAGGCCAAUUACACUGAUCUAAUGCAGAAGAAAGGUUGGUUUUUCAUGUCCAAUGAGGCGAAGAACUGGUCUGACAGCAGACAGUACUGCAGGGAUCGUGGAGCUGAUCUGAUCAUUGUCAAGAGUGAAGAGAAGCAGAGGUUCAUAUCUUCAUUAGUCAGUGAGAGAGUGUGGAUUGGUUUGUCUGACACAGAGCAGAAGGGCAUCAUGAAAUGGGUGGAUAAUUCACAGCUGAAAGAAGGGUUUUGGCUCGAGGGUGAGCCAAAUAACCUUGAUGGAACUGAGGACUGUGUUGAACUGAAUCCUGAAAACCCUAUUCUGAACAACUGGAAUGAUCUGCCAUGCUCAGGCACAAUAAAUUGGAUUUGUGAGAAAUAGGGUUCAUCUAGUCUUGUCAUGCUUUUGCUUGUAUUGUCUUAUGGAAUCAUUCUUAUUCUGAUAUGAGAAUGUAUAAUUUCUGAUUGAGUUUCCUGUCUGUUUUAACUUAUUUCAUCAUAUUAACAGCUUUUAUAUGAAAGGGCACUGUGGCACAACAAACCUCUGAUGUGUUGUUCCAUUAUAGCAACAUGUUAAUAUAUGUCCUUCCUUAUUUCAGCUGUUAUCAUGAAUCUCACUUGUUGUUUUGAAGUGUUGCGAUUGCAGUUACUCAUUCUAUUAUGCUGAUAUUAAGUGUCUGUGGAACUGCUUUUGAUUUGCUUUGCUUUCUUUUAAAUUAAAAUUGUUGAUUGACGGUAUUAGCACAGCAUUUUUGUUUUCAUUUCGUAUUCUUGUGCAUCUGCUUCACUGCAUUUAACGCCUGACUAGAGAGAUUUCCUCCAGAACUUUGCCAAUUAGGUAUAAGGUGGAUAUUAGUAAAAGAACAUCUGACUAUUUAAGUGUAUAUGCUGUAGAGUUAGUUGCCAUUUUGGAAGCAGUAGAGUGGAUUG